UUUUUUUCUUUACUACGGCAGGCUCGGUCAGUAGCCAUCGCCAUCACAUCAUCGUGUUACAGAAAAUAAAUAAAAGGAAUCAGCAAAAUUAAUUGAAAAAUAUUAAAACACAGACAAAAUAUACAAAAUAAAAAUGAUGUCUACUGACCAGAAUUCCAUAAUACACAAUCCAAACAAAGCAAUUGCCAAGGAAUUGAAAUUUAAAGCAAAUGAAUUUCUAAAUUCCCGACGAAAUGCGAACAAUUUAUUAGACAUCAUUGGCCACCUCGAGCAAUGUUUAACACAGAAGCAACCAGUUACUUCAUGUAUUCUUACCCUGGAAGUUAUAUUCACAGAACUUUUGAAGCGACGAGAAAUGUGCAUUACUAUAACGCCACUCAAACCAAAAGAUCAAAGUCCAGAAACAAAAUACAAAGAAUGGCUCCAGGAACGUUUUGAAGAAGCAAUUAAACUUAUUCUCGCCUGUAUUAAAGUUGAAAAAACAAAUGAGAGCUCACAAGCCCUUGUCACCAGUAUGAAACUAAUGUCUUGGGAAGGCAAAUAUCCCCUUGAACAAACAGACACUUAUUGUUUCCCAAAAUUUCGAUUGCGCUACAUUUUGUUAGCUCUCCUCUCCACAGAGCGUUCCAACAGUCAACUGAUCAAUCGAUUCAGAGAAUAUGCUGAUUACAUUGAUAUAGUUUAUUAUUCCUGGAAAAUGAUACCAACAUUGGCAACAAAGGCAGCAUUCGAAAAUGAAAUGUUUGCACACAAUUAUCUUGAUUUGAUUGAUGCUCUUGCGGUAAAAAAAGAAAUGCCCGAUGAUGCCAAGUUAUUGUGCUCAUUGGAAUCACCACGACCCGAAAACUACGAUUACCAUUCAAUGAGGAAAGCAAUCAAUAAAGUUUGGAACUGCAUUAUGCAGUGGGAUAUGAAAGAAACCAUACACAAGCAGGUUCUGAUUGUAUUACUUGAACGAAUUCUGCCACAUUUGGAAAAACCCAUACUGCUUACAGACUUUCUUAUGGAUUCGCUUGAUUUUGGUGGUCCGAUCGGUUUGUUGGCCUUGCAAGGACUUUUCACACUCAUUCAAAAACACAACAUUACCUAUCCGAAUAUCUACGAGAAACUAUAUUCUAUGUUUGAACCUGAAAUCUUUCACACAAAGUUUAAGGCUCGACUUUUCUAUCUGGCCGACAUAUUCCUUAGCUCAUCACAUUUGCCAGAGAGCUUAGUAGCUGCAUUUGUUAAGAGACUAGCCCGCCUUAGUCUCAUAGCACCACCCCAAGACGCCAUAAUUAUCUUGUAUUUUAUUGGAAAUCUAAUUUUAAGGCAUCCAGGUCUCAAGCGGUUGAUUUGUUCACAAAUAGUAGUUGAAGUAUCUCGAGAUCCUUUUAUUAUGGAUGAGAGAGAACCGACAAAAUCAAACGCUCUAGAAAGUUCACUUUGGGAGAUUGUAACGAUGCAAAAACAUGCGUUGCCAUCCGUUGCCACAGCAGCUAAGUUCAUAUCACAGCCAUUGCCAAGUACAGAAUGGGACCUAUCAACUGUGCUAGAAAUAAAAGAAGAUGAUAUUUUCGAUCAAGAAAUUGCUAAGAAGACAAAACAAUAUGCUUUGGCAUUUGAGAGGCCGCAUUCAAUGUUUCUGGCAAAAAACGACAAAGUGAUACAAUAUUGGAAACUAUUUUAGAAAGCUCUUUCAUUGAGGGGCAAUUUAACCAACACAUGUCCCAGCUCAGCCCAUAGCCUAUUAAUUGUAUAAGAGAUAUAUAUUUUUAUUUCGAUUGAUUUAAAAAAUACAAAAAAAAAAAACAGACAGACAUGAGAAAAGAACUACAAGAUAAAAAAAGAUUUAUCCGACGAAACCUAUGUACGUAUUUGUAUUUCGUGUAGAAAUAGUAAGAAUCUUUAUAGUUAGAUUAUAGUAGUUAUAAUACGAGAAUUUGCCUAGAAGUUGGCCGUGAUUAUAAUUUUCAGUUUAUUAUUUUGUUUUGUUAUCGUUAAAAUUAAAUAAAGAAAUGCACGUGGUACAUUAUUGCCACUUAAAAAAAAAAUGUAGAAGACAGAAACUAUGUAAAAUAAAAACAUGAAUAACUUCAUUACGCUUUGAUACAAACAAACAA